CCUCUCGCGGACGGCAACAGGAAGUGAUUGUGUGUUUGGGGACGUCAACACUUUUCCUCGAGCACCUCUGCUCUGAUCAUUCCGACCUCGUUCGCCGCAUCUGCGAGCUGUUUAAUGGAGCAGCGGUGGGGAAAUUAUCAUUAAGCUCUGUACAGAUCGAGAGGAUCGUGUGAGUUUGUGGACAGAAUUAGGUUCAUGUUUGAAGAUGAUAAUGGCAGCAGUUGGCAAUGAAAGUCCAAACAGAAGCACUGAAGAUAAAACAUCAGCCCGCAGACAGAAUGAAGUAAACAAGAAGUUGAAGUAUAUCAGUUUGGCAAUUCUGGUGAUCCAGAAUGCAUCGCUUAUCCUCAGCAUCCGCUACGUGCGGACGUUGCCGGGAGAACAUUUCUUCACCACAUCAGCUGUGGUGAUGGCAGAAGUUCUUAAAGUCUUCACCUGUCUGGUCAUCAUCCUGAUACAGAAGAGAGGUAAUGUGAAGACCUUUGUAUCGUUGUUGUACGACUCUAUAGUCGUACAGUAUUCGGAUACACUGAAGUUAGCAGUUCCGUCACUCAUCUACACUUUACAGAACAACCUGCAGUAUGUGGCCAUUUCUAAUUUACCAGCAGCCACUUUCCAGGUCACAUAUCAGCUGAAGAUCUUGACCACAGCAUUGUUUUCAGUGCUCAUGCUACGGAAGAGUCUGUCUAAAAUCCAGUGGAUCUCACUAGUACUGCUGUUCGCUGGUGUGGCAAUCGUCCAGGUCGAGCAGGAGAGUGGAAAACAGAAGGAGGCUUUGACCGGCACCAACCAGAACUACGUCAAGGGCCUGGUGUCCGUUAUAGUCUCUUGCUUGUCCUCCGGGUUUGCCGGCGUUUACUUUGAGAAGAUCUUGAAGGGCAGCUCUGCCUCUGUGUGGAUGAGAAACAUCCAGCUCGGGAUCUUCGGGACUCUUUUGGGUCUCCUCGGCAUGUGGUGGAACGACGGCGCCGCUAUUGCUGAGAAAGGCUUCCUGUUCGGAUACACUCCCUUGGUGUGGGGUGUCAUUUUCAACCAGGCGUUCGGCGGCCUUCUGGUAGCCGUUGUAGUAAAAUACGCAGACAAUAUUCUCAAAGGCUUCGCCACCUCUUUUUCUAUCAUCGUGUCCACAAUCACGUCUGUCUACCUCUUCGGCUUCCACGUGGACCUGAUCUUCACGCUGGGUGCAGGAUUGGUCAUAGGAGCCGUCUAUAUGUACAGUCUCCCCAAACCAAACACCAGCACUUCCAGCACCAGCACACCUUUAUCCAGCCACAGCAAUGGAAGAGACUCGGAGCUGGAUGCUUUCCUCCCAAAUCCCAAGGCCCCAGGAAAGAAGAAAGGAAAUUGAAAAAAAAAAAAAACAUGAUAGACGAGAAGAGAUGACGAGAACACUUUGUACAGGUCCUACACUCCUGCCCUAUUUCCGAAGGAAAGGAUGAGGGUUAUAUUUCAAGUGCCUUAUUAUGCUCACAAUAUUAACUCCGUUAUGAUUGAUGGUACUUCUAAACUAAACUGUGCUGACUGACUUUAUGAAAUCUCAUAUUUAUGCUGAUACCUCACUAAUUUUAUGCAUUGAUUUUGUGAUCGACUGAAGUUGUAAUAUUAAUGUAAACUGGGAAUUCUUUGAGUUUUGUAUGCUGGAACUGGAAAGGGAAUGAAAAUGCACAUUUUUCAGUGGCUUUAUCAAACUUGGAAUUCAGAAACUGCUGCCUUAUUAUGAAAUAUUUUCUGGCUUUUAGUUUUGCUUUUUUUACUAAUAAGUAUUUUGCCAUAUUGUGUGUUCAUUGGUGCUUUGUGUAAUACUGCCUUGUGCUUUUUGUCUUUGUGCCUUUAACAUUUCAGCUGUGCUAUGUGCGACAGAGUAUCAUAUACUUUAAAAAAUCAAGCAAACUUUUCUCUCUCCAAAGUGCACUUUCAGAGUUAAACUCCAUUUCAUGUACAAAAGCUGCAUUUCUGACCUAAACAUAUCGUGUAUGCAUAGUCAUUGUAUUCUUGAGAUACAAGUUUAGUUUUAAUAUAUCUAGAUUUUUUAUUUUUAUUUUUAUUGGCUGAGUAGCAGUAAAAAUGUGAAAAUCAGUGGACAUCUUUCAACCUUGUGAACAUAUAAUUGCCUUAUCAUUUCACAAUCCAAGUGAGGGGAUCUGAAACUAAAUGUUUAAUCAUUUCAGAAGAUUAAUCAUUAUUUUUGUUGUGUUUGGAAUAAACAUUGUUUUGAAUGUGA